GUUAAACUUAACUCAAUUUUUUUAUUAUACAAAUCACUCUGACAACAAUAAAAUGAUUUGUUUUUAAAAGCAAUUAAAUAAAUAAGUAUUGUUUACUGAGAAAAAGAUGAAAAAAGAAUAUUAAUAACAAUUGUAAAUAAAUUCAAUUACAAAUGAUACACUGUAAAAAAUCACCGGGUUUAGAAAAAAGCUAUUACUUCCUUUUCUAUAACCCAGCAUCUGAGUUCCAAGGCACGAAAACGUGUUUUUAUUUUCUUUUAAUUAAAAUUAUUUCUAUUAAGUAAAAGGAUUCUUUGAAGAAAAGGUGAUGUAAACCGUACGACUAUCAGAAAUAUAAUGAAGUGGUGGUGCUAAGAAAAAACUUCUUCAACCCCCUCAAAAUAAUUUUCGCAGAAUCGAUACCAGAUUCGAUGGGAUUUGGCCUGCAGAAACAACGGUUCGAAGUUUUAGAUUUUUAAAUUCAAUUUUUCGUUUGUUCAAUCUCACCAUACUGGUUUUAUUAACAUUGAUUAUGUCAGCCGAUGCAAUUACUAACAUCAAUGAGAUAUCACUCAUUACAGAUAACUUAUGUUUCUUGAUCGGAUGUUUCGAAACACUAGCGAAGGGGUUUAAAUGUUGCAUUGAAUAUGAAAACAUCAAGAAACUUGUAAACGAUAUUUAUGAACCGAUUGAUAUAAUUAAGAAGAAAAACAAUGUUCAAGUUAUGAAAUGGAUUACCGAGAUAGCGGAUUUUGAAAAUCGACAAUUUUUCAUAUUUUUAGGAGUGAUUAUUCUAUUAGCAUCAGCACGAAUUUUUAGUGCCGACAUUAAAAACCGAGAAUUUCCAGUACGUAUUUUUGUUCCGUUUGAUGCGUCAGAGCCACCAUAUUAUCAUUUAAUGUAUGUCGCAAUAUCUUAUGGUGUUUUAAUUGUCGACUACUCACUUUUCGGAGUUGAUAUAAUGGUCAUUGUAAUAAUAAGAUAUCUGACUGUCCAAUUAGAAAUAUUAAAAGCAAAUUGCAGACAUUGUCGCAGUGAUUCAAUUAAACGUGCUAUCAAUUUGUCAUCAAAUAAGGAUUCAAAAAUAUUUAGACGUAGCGCAAUGACGAACGCUCUUAUUGAUGGUGAUAAUAAUGAAGACAUCGAAAUAAAGGAGUUCGUAAUGUUCGAAGUGCAAGAGAAGAAUGUGUAUGAUGAAGAUACCUUCGAUUGGAGGUUCAAACACUGUGUUACUCAGCAUCAGAAAAUAAUUAAUAUGUUAAAUGUAGUCAACAACUGCUUCAGUUUUUGUGCAGUUGUCCAAAUCACAACCAGCACUAUAUUAGUAUGUUUGAAUGGAUUUCAAAUACUUUUAAGUUAUGAUAAUCUCCAUCUGUUAAUUAGAAGAAUUUUGGCAAUCAUAGUCGUUCUCUUUCAAUUAUUUGUUUGGUGCUGGUAUGGAAACAAAAUGAGCGCAGCAGCAGAGUCAUUGACAAGUAAUCUGUGGAUGUGCGGUUGGGAAAAUGAACACAAGCAUGGAAUACGUAAUAUCGUAUCAAUACCAAUGAUACUGUCGUUACAGUCAUUAGAACUUCGUGCAGUUGGUGUUGUUCCUUUGUCAUUACAAACAUUUGUUUCUGCUCUUAAAACGUCAUACUCAGUGUUAGUACUCCUACUUACCGUUGCUAAGGAUCAGUAAUCUAUUCAUUCAUACUUUGUACAAACGUGACACUAAAACCAUUUUAUGAGACUUGUAUGAAAAUAAUUGCACACCUCGAAUACGAGGCAGAGACGUUGGGCUUUACUAUCGACCUGACAAGAUCAAGUGACUUGUAUUAAAUUGUUUGUUAUUUUUAUAUUCCACGAACAUGUUAUGAAAAGCACAUUAAUAUUAAGAGAAAAUACUAAUUAACAAGUUUGAUGUUCUUAUUGAGUGGUGGGAUACGCAUGAUUGUAAAGAAAAAAGUAUUAUCAUCACUAUUUUUUAGCCCGUAGUACAAAAAUAGUGUGUGAACAAGGUAUCUCUACAAUGACGGUUUUUAGUGAUUUAGAAUUGAUGAAAAAUGAUUAUACGUUACAAUCGAUCCAUGAAGUAUGUUAAAAGUAAUCCGAAAAAAUUCUUUUCCAAAAAUUUUAUUUAUGGAAUAACUUGAAACAAACUGUACUGACGGAGCUCAAUUGCGCAUAUAAUCUAAGAAUUGAUAUUUAUACGAAUAUACUGAAAUGAAGUUGA